AAUUUGUUCUUUGUCCGCCACGGUCACACUGGCUCUUGCUUGCACUAAUAUCAAGAUGGCGUAAAUUUGUAAAAUUGUCGAAUUCUAUGUGAAAUAGCCAGGCAAAUUGAAAAGAAAACGCAGCGAUCCUGCAAAACUCGAAUUAGAAGAAGAAAACGCAGCAGCGACGCCAGCAGAGGAAGUGGGCAAAGCAGAGCAGAAUAAGAAAAAAGGAAAUAGGAAAAUAAGCCAAUAAAAACACUACCCAAAAAGAGCCUGAAGCGACUGCCUUGAGAAAAAUCGAAAAAGGAAGACGAGAGGAGGUUAGACGAAAGGACAGCGCCAGAAAGGCAACGCUAUUUCGAGGAAUUCCCACAUCCACACAAAGAAGCCCACAGGAACAGACAUUCAAAAAUGGAGCUGCGCGUGGGUAACAAAUACCGCCUCGGCCGCAAAAUCGGAUCGGGGUCGUUCGGCGAUAUCUACCUAGGCACCACGAUCAACACUGGCGAGGAGGUGGCCAUAAAGUUAGAGUGUAUUCGCACCAAGCACCCCCAGCUGCACAUCGAAUCAAAGUUCUACAAGACGAUGCAGGGCGGAAUAGGUAUACCCCGCAUAAUAUGGUGUGGCAGCGAGGGAGAUUACAAUGUGAUGGUAAUGGAGCUACUUGGACCUUCGCUGGAGGACCUUUUCAACUUUUGUUCGCGCCGUUUUUCUCUGAAAACGGUUUUGCUGCUGGCGGACCAGAUGAUAUCCCGCAUCGACUACAUCCACUCCCGGGAUUUCAUCCAUCGCGACAUUAAGCCAGAUAACUUCCUAAUGGGUCUCGGCAAGAAGGGUAAUUUGGUGUACAUCAUUGACUUUGGCUUGGCCAAGAAGUUCCGGGACGCUCGAUCACUGAAACACAUUCCGUAUCGGGAAAACAAGAACCUCACGGGCACCGCCCGCUAUGCCUCAAUUAAUACACACUUGGGUAUUGAGCAGUCACGUCGUGAUGACCUGGAAUCCCUCGGCUAUGUCCUCAUGUACUUUAACCUGGGAGCCUUGCCCUGGCAGGGAUUGAAGGCAGCCAAUAAGAGGCAAAAGUACGAGAGGAUCUCGGAGAAGAAGCUGUCCACCUCUAUAGUGGUGCUGUGCAAGGGCUUCCCUAGCGAAUUCGUCAACUAUCUGAAUUUCUGUCGCCAGAUGCAUUUCGACCAGCGUCCCGAUUACUGCCACCUGCGCAAGCUCUUCCGGAAUUUAUUCCAUCGUCUGGGCUUUACUUAUGAUUAUGUGUUUGACUGGAAUCUGCUGAAGUUCGGUGCCCCACGGAAUCCUCAGGCCAUUCAGCAGGCGCAGGAUGGAGGGGACGGCCAGGCGGGACAUGAUGCGGUUUCUGCAGCGGCGGCAGUGGCAGCAGCGGCUGCCGCCUCCCAUCCUCAGCAGCAGCACAAGGUUAAUGCGGCACUUGGCGGCGGAGGAGGCAGUGCAGCGCAACAGCAACUCCAAGGCGGACAAACGCUGGCGAUGUUGGGCGGCAAUGGAGGAGGAAACGGCAGCCAACUGAUCGGCGGCAAUGGACUCAACAUGGACGAUUCGAUGGCGGCAACAAACUCGUCGAGACCGCCUUAUGAUACGCCUGAACGUCGACCCUCGAUAAGGAUGCGUCAGGGAGGCGGUGGCGGCGGGGGUGGAGUGGGCGGCAUGCAGAGCGGUGGCGGUGGCGUGGGGAACGCUAAAUAAUAUUUUAUCGUUUAGGUUGCGACGCUGGACACGACACAGUAGACAAACAACAGCAGAACUCAGCAAAACUAUACAUGUAGAAUAUAUAGUUAUAUAUACCUUAUAUAUAUAUAAUACUUGCUUUAUAUAUGCGGUAAAACAUGUUGAAUGUAUCCAAAACGGCAGGAGGACCAGGUCCCUGCCAAGAACGGAGGAUGAGAGCAGUGAGAAAAGAGGAGCGGAGCAGAGCAAAGCGCAGCGCUUAACUUCUUUUUUUUUGUGUACAUUUUCGUUUGUUUUUUGACAUUUUUGGUUUCUGCUCCCAGAUGUUAGAACGUUGGGCGCGCUUAUUAUUAAUUAACUAGCCUAUGAUUAAUUUAAUUUAUACUAUAGAACAUAAACGAUUGCAACUUGGCUGCAAGAAACUGCAACAAACCGCACUGUUCAAUUGAUUGAGAUCCCUGAAAAGCAGCCAAUAGAUCGGCGGUUAAGAACGGGUUCGCGGGAUUUGGGAGGUGAGCCAGGAUACGCAGGCAUUUAAUUCUGUUUUGCAUUUGACUAUUGCUCUCAGCCGGCUCAAUGUAUUCGUUGUUAAUUUGAAAUCCCAGCCCAAAAUCAAGCAGAACAUUUAAAACCGAUCAUGAAACACAUAAUAACUCGAUUGUAAGUGUAAUAUUUGUGUAAAAGAAAUAAAGGACAGCCCGUUCAGCGAGUGUCCCUAACCCUAGAAUAUAGGCACUAGCGAUAGCGAAUCCAAUCCAUACAAAUUGCAUAUGCUAUCUAGCAAAACACCCACAUUGUAACCUAAGUUGAAGCCGAUUAACUGAUUUCGGGGCGCAAUUAACCGAUGAUAAAGAUUAUGAUGAUCAAGUGCAGUAGAGGGGACGUUCUUUAGCUUUAAGCAAUUGAUUUUUAAGGCCCCUCCUAUGUUAUAUUAUAUACCUUAUUGUAUCGCCUACGAUCCCCGUAUAUUUGUACUAUAUAUACUUUCGUGGCCUGCACUUUGCUGCCUGUGUUCAUAUAUACUUUUCCGAUUUUUAAACACUAACUGCGCGCAUUUCUCAAGCAGAAGGGAAAUCACCGGGAAAAUUGAGGAGGAAGGAGGAUGGGCGGUGGGGCAGCCCUUUUGUUUACGCAACAAAAUCAUGUAACUAAGAUAGAGAGCGUAUAAAUAGCGUUAGACACACACAAAACAAUUUGCAUUAAAUUUUCGACUUAAUUAAAAUGAAGUAAGGCCCUUCAGAGGUAAAAUUACAAAACGCUAGCUAAUAAAUUAUAGCUAUAAUAUGAAAUUUGUUUAUAAGUAAUACCAAACCAUAAAAAUAAAAACAAAACACAAAAAUGCAAAAAAAAAAAAACUUAAAUUCUAAAUGCGCCAAGAGAAAAUGGGUAAAAUUAUAAAUAUAUAUAAAUAUACAAACUAUAUCUUAUGAGAACACGUAAAACAUGUAAAUCCCCACAGCGAUCGGCUGGCAGUCUAAAACUAACGAAUCAAACAAAAAUUAAAAAGAAGAAACAAAAUAGGAUCACUAAACGCAAAAGCCACUAAAAACUUAAAUAAAAAUGCAUUACGUGAUAUUUCUUA